GGGCUAAUUUUCGAGCUCGUGUGGGGCGCGUUCUGUCCGAAAGAGCGCGUGAGAAUCUGCGUUUCUUCCCUCGCGUUAAGUUUGUGUGCAUCUCUCUUCUUGUCCUAUAUUACAAGUCUUCAGGAAACCGGGUUUCAAGGAGGACGAUCUUCUACCUCAGCGAGUUUAGAAACCACAGCACUUGAUUCUCACUGGAAACUCCUCUCGUCGUGAAUCAGUGAAAUCAUGUCUGCCUCAGCGGCUAAAGUCAGUAAAAAGGAACUGAACUCGAACCACGACGGAGGGGACGAGACCUCGGAAAAAGAGCAGCAAGAAGCCAUCGAGCACAUCGAUGAAGUCCAGAAUGAAAUCGACAGACUGAACGAGCAGGCGAGUGAAGAGAUUCUCAAAGUAGAACAGAAAUACAACAAACUUCGCCAGCCGUUCUUCCAGAAGAGGUCAGAACUCAUAGGCAAAAUCCCCAACUUUUGGGUCACCACAUUUGUCAACCACCCACAAGUCUCCGCUCUUCUUGGGGAGGAGGAUGAAGAGGCGCUUCACUAUCUGACCAGAGUCGAGGUCACAGAGUUUGAAGACAUCAAAUCCGGCUACAGAAUAGAUUUUUAUUUUGAUGAAAACAUGUAUUUUGAGAACAAAGUCCUCUCCAAAGAAAUUCACCUGAACGAAAGUGGAGACCCAACCUCAAAGUCGACAGAGAUCAAAUGGAAACCAGGAAAAGACCUCACGAGUAGGUCCAGUCAGACACAGAGUAAAGCAGGUAAGAAGAGACAACACGAAGAACCCGAGAGCUUCUUCACCUGGUUUACUGAUCACACCGAUUCAGGCGCCGACGAAUUGGGUGAAGUCAUUAAAGACGACAUCUGGCCGAAUCCUCUGCAAUACUACUUGGUUCCAGACAUGGAGGAUGAGGAAGGAGAAGGCGAGGAUGAGGAUGAAGACGAGGAAGGUCUGGAUGAUAUUGAUGAAGAGGGAGAAGAUGAUGGGGAAGAAGAGGAGGAUGAUGAUGGAGAGGACGAUGACGGUGAGGAUGACUGAAGCUGAAAUAUAGGAAUAUUAUCCACAUUUCCCCAGUCCGGUUUCCAAAUUGCUUCUUUGGCUUUUUUGUUGUCAUUUUUUUUUGGAAAGCAAGAUGCUGCUUUUUCCAUUUUUUUAUUUUUUUUUUUGGUUUUGAGCUCCAUCUUUCCUUGCUGUGUUGAAGUUCCCCAAACAGACUCAGAAUAAACUGACUGCAAAAUCUUGCCAACAUGGCAUCCACCAUCUCAAUUUCCAAAUACAUUUCAAGGUUAAAAGCAAAUCACUGUAGUUAUCGGCCACACGUCGUCUGGAGUAGACUUGCGAGUAGUGUUUUCAGUUUUUUUAAUUCUAAAUAUAUGUACAAAUAUGUAUAAUUUUUUCCUGUUUUGUGGUUAAUUGAACAGAAGCCAUGGUGCGCAGUGAUCUGCUAGCUCUAGCGUUCUCCAAGUUUUCAUACUUUAUUCUUUUUGUCUAAACCCUUCAUGGUUGAAUCAGCAGAUAGACAACAGUAGUGAAUCUCUGAUACCUCUUGUAACCAUGUCUGUUCAGGAGGACUGAGGAAAAGAGGGUAUGUGGGCACCAUCAUUGAGUCUUUGAUUUUUAUCUUGUCUUGUUUUACAGACAUACACCAGAUUUGAAAUGGAUUACAUUUUUGAUAAAAUAAAAUAUUUAAAAAAAGGAGUCAAA